AUGACGGAGACUCAGAGAAGCGUCCCACAGGCCACAGGCAAAGUCCUGGGCUUUCGCUCGCAGAAGGAGAUGUUUGAGAAGAUGGAGGAGUCGUUUAAAAUCUGCGCGUUCUGUGAGAAGCGGCCUGAGCAGCUCUCCAACCCGCAGAGCUUGAAGCGCUGUGCCAGAUGUCUGAAUGUUUACUACUGCUGUAAAGACUGCCAGAAGGAGGACUGGUCCAAGCACAAGAAGUUCUGCUCCACGCUGCGUUUAGCUGCAAUUGACAGAGUUGUGGAGUGGCUUCUGUUCAAAGGCGACCUUCCAUUCCCAACAGAGAAGUGGUCAAAGCCCCAGUCAGAGAUAAAAACCUGGGACGACUGGCUCGCCAUGCAGGGAGACCUGGCCCCGCGUCUGGACCCCGUCAUCAACGGAGCGAACAUGAAGGAUUUAUGGGCCGACGCCGGCCGGCCCCGGCCCGGAGACGACGAUCUGAGGCAGUCUCUCUGGAGGGUCUGCAGCGAGUUCUUCUCCAGGCCCCUCACCGUAGCCUGGGCCAUGAGGCUGUUCGGCCUCGACCCGUGCUCCAAACCUGUCGUCGUCCACCUGGUGGGCGCCGGACACGGCGAGACGCUGGGGGCCAAACUGAGCGACUACGACGAGCUGAAUAACAUGUUCCCUGGACACCAGGGCAUCCAGAUAGUCCUGGUGGGGCCAGAGGUGGUAGACGGCCCCGUGGUGAGGCCCCAGCUCAGAGCCUCCGGCCCCAAGCAGAGGGUCUACCUCAGCGCCUUCAAAGGCCUCUACCAUGAAUUCUGGGAGGAGCGGGUGGAGACAGAGGAGGCGGCCAAGCCGGACCUGGUUGUUGGAUUUAAUCCUGGUUUCGAUGCGAGUCAAGGCCUUGACCAGGGUUGGCUUCCCACUCUUCUGCUCCUCAGGGACUACGACAUUCCCUCCAUGUUCACCACGCUGAAUGAGACAGAGAUGACCUACUCUCUGCAAAUCCUCCUGGAGCUGGAGAUGGACAUGAAGGGAAGUGGAGCCAACCCUUUUUGCUCUUUGAAACCGGAGGUGGUGGGCUCCACCCCCAAUAAGCCCCCGGUCUACUGCAACUCACACUACUUCAGCUUUCAGGGCCUGCUGGAGACGGCGGAGUUUGAGGAGCCAGAGUAGACGUGAUUAUCGUGAUUUUUUUUUUUUUAUGCCUAUAGUACUGUCUCAUUAUAAUAAUACCAGAAAGACUUGCAUAGCUGAAACUCUUGCAUAUCAUUUGUUUCUAAAGUUUGAACCUGUUGACGCAGCUGUUCAAGGAGCCCAACGUCUGACAUUUGCAUUUAUCAUCUCAGUUUUAUCACACGCAAGUGAGACUUUGUAAAAAUUUGAAUACCGUUUAUCUGUGAGCUACGGCUACGUUUAUUGAUGCCCUUAUAGUCAAAUGCCAGCUAACGCUUUAGACUCCAAUAAAAAACAGGACAAACCUCUCAA